CGAAGGUGGGAGGUCGGUCUGUAACGCAGUUCUCGGUUUAUACUUGCAAUCGUUGCUUCAUACUCGCGUAAAUGUUUCAAUUAAUUACGACAGAACGAAUUUGCAUAUUCGAUAAGAUUGUUAAAUCGCUUUUAUUCCGCGAUACGCUAAAUUUUUAUCACAACGUAAUUCGAGAAAAUGGCUGAAUCAAUAAAGUGUGAGUACGCAAGCCACGUGGCGAAGCAACUUACCGAAGAAGAAAUUGUAAAGAUGCAGGCGCAAAAUUCGCGAUUAGUUUCCGAAUUUCGUGCCAAUCAGUUGGAAAAAGACGCGAAAAAACAUUGGGACUUAUUUUACAAACGAAACGAUACUAGAUUCUUUAAGGACAGACAUUGGACUACCAGAGAAUUUAACGAAUUAUUGGAUUUGAGUACGAAAAAUGAACAAAAUGUUCUUUUUGAAGUCGGUUGCGGUGUUGGAAAUUUUAUAUAUCCCUUGAUCGAGGAUGGAUUGAAAUUUAAAAUGAUAUUCGCGUGUGAUCUCUCUUCUAGAGCCGUGGAACUAACAAAGAAUCAUUCGUUGUACGACCCAGAGAACAUAAAAAUUUUUCAAACGGAUAUUACAACAGAAAAUUGUUUUUUGGAGGUGGACUGUCCGGUCAACGUUGCAACGUUAAUAUUCGUUUUAUCGGCUAUUCAUCCGAAAAAGUUCAGGAAAGUCGUGGAGAAUUUAUAUAACGUUCUCGACAAAGGAGGAAUCGUGCUUUUUAGAGAUUAUGGUUUAUACGAUAUGGCUCAACUAAGAUUUAAACCUGGUCACAAGAUUAGUGAAAAUCUUUAUAUGAGACAGGAUGGUACCAGGACAUAUUAUUUUUCAGAGAAUGAAGUGUCAAACUUAUUUCAAUCGGUUGGCUUUGAAGUAUUAACGUGUAAUUACGUACAAAGACGAACUGUAAAUUUCAAAGAAAAGAUCGACGUACCUAGAAUUUUUGUUCAAGGAAAAUUUAUAAAAUUCUAGUAAUAAUG